AUGAUGGAUAUGGGUUCUUCUUCAAUGUCUAUGGAUAUGGCAUCUUCUACCGCUUCUGCUUCAAUGUCUAUGGAUCAUCAUUCAAUGUCAAUGUCAAUGCCAAUGAGUUCUUCAACUUCAAGUUCAAUGAGUGGAAUGGAUAGUAUGGAUGGUAUGGAUAUGGAUAUGUCAAUGAAUACCUUUUUAACUACAAAAUAUUCAGGUUAUCCAGUUAUUUUCCAAACUUUAAAAGCUUCAAAUGGUGCUAGUGCUUUUGGUAUAUUUUGUAUCUUAUUCUUUACAGCUUUUGCAACAAGAGGUUUAACUUUCCUUGGUGCUUAUUUACAACAAAAAGUAUUUACACCUCCAAAAAAAUUUGACCUAAGUGAAAAUCAUAAUCAUACAACUACUAUUAAUAAAAGUGAUAUUAAUGAAAGUAGUAAUACCGUUGAUACAGAAAGUAAUGAAUCACAUACACAAAAACAUUUGAAAAAUAGAUCAGUUUUAGCACAAUUUCUUGAUAUAACACCAACUUCAAUCUAUAGAGAUUUUAUAAGAUUACUUUUGGCCUUUUUAAGUGCAAUGUUUGGUUAUGCAUUAAUGUUGGCAGCAAUGACAUUUAUUAUACCUUAUUUCUUCGCUAUAAUUUUAGGUUUAUCAUUUGGUGAAGUGUUUUUCUUUAGAUUAGCUUCAAUUAUGGAAAUUAAUCAAUCUGAAUCUUUUUGUGAAUCAUUCCAUUAA